AUGCCCCGUCGUACAUACAUUGCAGAAGAAGAAAAGAAACUUCCUGGACACAAACCCAUGAAGGAUAGGCUUACUCUUGCCCUAUGUGCGAAUGCCAGUGGGGGAUUUAAAAAUAAAACCCCUACUUUGAAAAAAUAUUUAGAGGAGAAUGGUCUUCCUCUAAAAUGCCUCCUUGUUCUCGACAAUGCCCCUGCUCAUCCUCCUGGCCUUGAAGAACAGAUACAUCCCGACUUCGACUUCAUCAAAUUGCUCUAUCUGCCACCGAACACCACUUCCAUCCUCCAGCCUAUGGACCAGCAAGUCAUUGCUAAUUUUAAGAAGCUUUACACGAAGCACCUUUUCAAACGAUGCUUCGAAGUGACAGAGAGAAUGCAACUCACACUACGUGAGUUUUGGAAUAGUCAGUACGACAUUGUCCAUUGCUUAAAAAUCAUAGAAAAGGCAUGGGGUGAGGUCUCAAGCCGCACCAUGAAAUCAGCAUGGAUUAAACUCUGGGCAGCUGUGGUUGCAGAACGAGACUUUGAGGGUUUCGAAAUCCCUACUGAAGAAGAAGCUGUGGAUGAUCCUGCUCCAUUGGAGGAGAUUAUUUCUCUGUCAAAGUCUUUGGGGCUUGUUGUCGAUGAGGCUGACAUUGACAACCUACUUGACGAGCACAAGGAGGAGCUCAACAGUGACGACUUGAAGGCAUUGGAGGCGAUGCAAAUCAGCGAUCUUCAAGAGGAACAUCAUUCGAGUGUUGAGGAGGAGGUGGAGGUGGCACAUCUACGGAAAUACGGGAAGCCAUCGGUUGGUUUGAAAACGUAA